AUGCAGCCGUCAGCCCCAUCGAUGAGCACCGUGCCUGACCCCGAGGCUCAGCUGCUCCGACAGCAGAUGGACCAGAUCACGAGCGACUUCAAGUACAACCUGAAGCUCUUGCACGAUCGGGACGCUGAGCUGGCGAAGCUGGAGUCCCAGGUGGCCACGCUGCGCAGCGAGGCCUCCAGCAGCGCCUCGGCGCUGGCGGAGGCGCGGCGCGCGCUGGCCGAGCGCGACGCGCAGGCCCGGGCCCAGGCCUCCAACCUGGCGGCUGCCGAGGCGCGCGCGCGCGAGGCCGAGGACCUGCGCGCCCGCCUGCGCGCCAGCGAGGAGGAAGGCGCGGAGCGGGAGCGGGGCCUGGCCGCCGUGGUCGCACGCUUCGAGUCUGCGCUGGGCACGCUGGGGUCGCUGGAGCGGCGGUACGAGGCGCUGGCCUCCGGCGACGCGCAGCGCGCGCAGCGCGUCGCCGCCGCCGAGGCCGCGCUGCGCGACGAGGCCGAGGCGGGCGCGUGCCUGCGCGAGCGCUGCGCACGCCUGGAGGCCGAGGCCGCGCGGCACCGGGAGGAAAGCGCAGCCGCGGCGCUGGAGGCGGAGCGCGCGCGCUCCGCCGCCGCCGCCGCCCAGGCGCUGCUGGACACGGCGCGGCUGUCGCUGGAAGGCUGCCGCCGCGACGCGCAGGCCUGGGCCCUGGACCGCGCGGACCUGGAAAGGGCGGCGCGCGAGGAGGCGGCGCGGGCCGAGGAGCUGGCCCGCGACGUGGCGCUGGCCGUCUCCAGGGCCGCGGCCGCGGAGGAGCUGGCCUCCAGCACCGCCGCCCAGCUGGACCAGGAGCGGGCGCUGCAUGCCCAGCUGCUGGCCGGGAAGGAGGCCGAGGCGAGGGGGGAGGCGGAGCGCGCGGCGCGCCAGUACCAGGGCCGCAUCCGCGCCGUACACCACCCACCGGAGUGGGGCGACGAGGGCAGGGGGCGGCGGGCAGACCGGCCGAUGCCCGGCGGCGGGCGCGGUCCGCUGGGCCGCGACAUCCCCGGGGUCCACCACAAGAGGCCCCCAGCCGGGGAGGAGCUCCGACUGGGGACGAGGGUUUCCGACGCGGACGACCCCUUGGCGACGGUGCGGCAGCAGGUCCAGGCCGCCAAGCAGUACCUCCGCCAGGUCGCCGACGCGAAUGCCGCGGUACCCGGCCGCCCCUGA